AAUGUUGACAUUUGGGUACACAAUAGUGGCAGCAUUGUCGAGUAAAUUUAUUUGGUGAUUUGGUUUUCAGUGUGGUGAACCUUUAGUCAGGUGUGUAGUUCGAAAAAAUUGGGCCCACCAUCUACGCAGAUCGUUCAGUAAAAAAUAAAAAUAACUAGUCAUCAUUCCAGGCAAACAUGGCCGACGAUGAUGCGGUUGAGUCAAAGAAAAGUGAGGAAAAACCCAGUGAAAGCGCCACAACGGAGCCAAAAAAGAAAAUAACGGUGACGGUGAAGACGCCCAAAGAAAAGGAAAACUUCGAAGUGGACGAAGACCUUGCUGUGAAGGCUUUUAAGGAGGUCAUAGCUCCGGUGUUUAAUGCGGAUGUUGACCAAUUAUGCCUAAUCUUCGCCGGGAAAAUCAUGAAAGACAAUGACACCUUGCAGCAGCACAAUAUUAAAGACGGCCUCACCAUACAUCUGGUCAUCAGGGCUGUGCCCCGCAGCACCGAGUCGGGGCCCUCGCGCCCGCCAGCGGACGUAAGCGCAACCCCGUUUAAUUUGGGUCCUUUGGGUGGUUUGGCGGGUUUGGAUUCGUUGGGUGUGGGUUCUGGCAAUUUCAUGGAAAUUCAAAGUCGGAUGCAGACUGAGCUUUUAAAUAAUCCUGACAUGCUAAGACAACUCUUAGACAAUCCAUUUGUCCAACGAAUAAUGAACGAUCCAGAAAACAUGCGAGCCCUAAUAACCCGCAACCCCCAAAUGCAGGAACUAAUGGAGCGCAACCCCGAAAUCAACCACAUGUUAAACAACCCCGAAUUGCUGCGUCAGACGAUGGAACUCGCCCGUAACCCGUCAAUGUUGCAGGAGUUGAUGCGGAGCCACGACAGGGCUAUCAGCAACCUGGAGAGCAUCCCCGGGGGCUACAACGCCCUCCAGCGCAUGUACAGAGACAUCCAGGAGCCGAUGUUUUCAGCAACUAGCGAACAGUUCAGUCGUAAUCCUUUCGCCGGUCUUGUUGAUAAUAACCAAAGUGGGAAUAACCCCCAGCAAGGGACGGAAAACCGGGAGCCCCUCCCCAAUCCCUGGGGCGGUCAGAGGCCCAACACGAAUAAUAGCUCAACGAAUAGGCCCCAAAGACCGGUCAUGAACAGCCCUUCGAUGGCAAGUUUGCUGCAACAAAUGUCCGAAAAUUCAGACUUGAUGCAAAAUAUGCUGUCAGCACCUUAUACGCAAAAUGUACUCGAGGCCUUAGCUAGCGACCCAAAUAUGGCAACGGCGCUCCUUUCUGAUAACCCCCUGCUUUCGGGAAACCCACAACUGCAGGAACAAGUCAGGACGAUGAUUCCCUCGUUUGUGCAACAACUGCAAAAUCCCGACAUACAGAACGUAAUGUCGAACCCACAGGCUCUCAAUGCGAUUAUGCAAAUCCACCAAGGGAUGGAAACGCUUCGGCAGACGGCCCCAAACCUCGUAAAUACUUUCGGCGCCGGUGGCACGACUGCAACCACAACGCCAUCUACAACAACAACAACAACUACUACGACUACGACUCAGGCAAACACAACAACGACUCAAUCUAGCACGAAUUCAGACCCGUUUUCAGAGUUUAUGGCCCGAAUGGUUGCGGGGAUGGCAUCUCAGCGUGAUACAACUUUACCUCCAGAGCAGCGGUACCAAACACAGUUGGAACAGUUGGCCUCGAUGGGCUUUGUAAAUAGAGAAGCGAAUCUGCAAGCUUUAAUUGCCACUUUCGGCGAUGUCAAUGCUGCAGUGGAGAGGCUACUAGCGCUCGGGCAGUUAUCCAUGAGCUAACCUAUUCAUAUAUUCCAACUGUAUUAUUAUUAUUUUUAAAUUUUGGGCUUUUUAAAAUAUUUUGUUUAGGAUAGACUACUUUAUCUAUGUAUUAGACAUUCGAUUUUUUCUUACUGGGUUGUAUUUGGUGCCACUUGUUUUCAUUGUUUUUGCCAUUAUUGUGAACAGCUCGCUUCAAAUUGUACAGGGCGAGUUUCCUGAGUAUUUUUUUCUCCACCUCCGAGUAUAAUAAUCACAGGAACCAGCGUUCGUUUUAAAUACUUUUUAUUUUCUACGAAAAAAGUAUUUAAUAGCAAACGUGGUUUCUGUGUGUUUGUUUUUGAGGUGCAGUGAGGUACCUUUAGCAGACUAACCCUGUAUAUGUGUUUGAAGGAACUGUAGGACACGGAAUUAAUCCAAUGUUGAUUUGACUUGGAAAAUGUAUAUCUAUAAUUAAUUAGAGACUAUUUUAGCAACA